AUGUUGAAGCCGGGAAAAUCUCAUGUGAUGCCUAAUCAUCUUUCAAGAUUACCAAGAGAACCUGCCAAGGAAGGAGUUUAUGAUGAGCUGCCCAAUGCUCCUCUUUUCUUGUUGGAGGGCAGACAGGUUUCUGCAGAAAUUCCAACUGUCUUCUUAACUCAAUCAAAAGCAGAGGAGCUGCUGUUAUACCAGGUUGUAGCUGUGCCGGAGUGGUAUCAGGGUCUUGCAGAAUUUCUUGCUGCUGGCAGAUUUCCUAAUGAUAUGCCGAAGAUCGAUUCUCCAUUAACGGGUAACAUGCUUGUAGAGGAUGUUGUAUCAUCCGACAAAAAAAAGGCUUUCUUUCGACGCCUGUUCUUUAAACGUAAUCCCAACCUCAUCCAGUCGGAGGCUUUACUAACGCCAACGAAUGGAUUUCGACGCGUGGACACCACGGAUGAGAUGAAGGUAGAUCACAGUUACUUGGCCAGUCCGUAUCACGAAGGGAUGGUGGCAGGCCUAUCUUUGAUCUCUACUAAGAUUGAGUCAUGCGUAUCUUCCAAAGAACAGAUUCGUGUGAUGAUCGUUGGGCUUGGUGCUGGAUUGCUCCCAAUGUUUCUGUACAAGCAUUUUCCCUUCAACAGCAUUGAGGUAGUGGAGCUGGAUCCGGUUGUUGCUGAUUUGGCAAAGCGUCACUUUGGAUUUGUGGAAGACGAUCGCAUGCAGCUGAGACUUGGAGAUGGAUUAGCCGCUGUCGAUGCUAUAGCAAAACAAGAGAUGGAAGAACAAGCUAACAGGGAGAACACUAGACAUAAAUUGCACAUACUACUCAUUGACGCUGAUUCCUCCGAUCCAAGUAAUGGGCUAAGCUGCCCUCCAGAGGAAUUCCUUCUCGAAACAUUCCUCCGCAGUGCGAAAGCUGCUCUGGAACCCGAAGGAAUCCUCGUCAUAAAAGUUGUUUCGCGGGCUCGUGAGCCUCACAUACAAGCAGAUCAGAGAAUGUGUAAAACUUUUAGCGAAGUCUACAGCCUGCAAGUCGACGAAGACGUGAACCGGGUGGUGUUUGGAUUGCCACAGCCGAGUAACCUGAGAGACUCCACCGCGAUUUUUAACGCUGGAGUGCUACUGAAGAAUGUCGCGGGCCAGUUUGCUUCGUGGGACAAAGGCCCCAACGUCAAGGACGUACUAAAGAAGAUCAAGCGGAUCAAGUGA